AAAGCUGACCCCGUGUUGGAGCGGCGCGCUGGCCGGCGCCGGGAAAGUUUCAGGAGAGGAGGAGGAGUCGGGAGGAAGCGUGAGCUGUCCGUGGUGCUGAGAUGCGCAGUGGGAGCUGUCCACCAGCGGUGGUGCUGAAAUACUCACCGGACCCGCUCAUCAAACUUGGGCCAUUUAGCUUAUGAGUUGCUCUCUCAAUUCUAAUGAAACACUCGGGUGCAAAGGACUUGCCGCCCCCAUAGCAAGGUUAAUCCGUGAAAUCAUGGCCCAAUCGAACUUGUCUUGAGCGCAUGUAAUCUGCAGGAAGAGAAAACAUGUGUCUAUUUUACUAUAUGGUCCAUAGGCGCUUUAUAUUUCUGUUGCCAUAAACCGGUAGAAAUCCCAAGGACGUUGGGAAGAAAAAAAGGUCACUUUAGUAAACUUCUUAUAAUAUUCCGAGCGGCCUUAAGCUCCGUGAUGAUUGUAACUGGAAUUAUAUAAGGCGAUCUAUUCAUAAUAAUAUCACAUUGACGGUGGAAACAUUUCUGGCGGAGUUAUGGAGAUAAGGAAAGAACAAAUGAGAAAAUUGGCAGGGGAUGGCUUGGGGCGUUUGCACAGAGACCAAUACUGAGCCAGGGAUCCUGGGAAAGGCUGUGGUCUCACUGACACUGAGCCAGAGAUCCUGGGCUCACUCACCUGAGGUCUCUCACCACUCAGCUGGUCACUUACGCCAAGAAAUCUCAAUAGACCUGAUCUGCUGAAAGUCCAAGAGAAGUCUGGAAGAUUCCAGCUGCCAGAACCACAGCGAGGGGUUAAUCAGCUCAGCGCUGGCAAGUCCUCCACUGAUCCAGGAUCCUAGAGAAGCGACAGAACGUCGGAGAGACCAUCGAGCUGACCGAGGAGGGCCGUGCCGUCGGAGUGGCUGAGAAACAGAAGCCCCUCUUGGACUGCACUUGCUUUGGGCUGCCGAAACGCUACAUCAUCGCCAUCAUGAGUGGCCUGGGAUUCUGCAUCUCCUUUGGGAUCCGCUGUAACCUGGGAGUGGCCAUCGUCAGCAUGGUCAACAACAAGACAGUCUACAGGGACGGGAAGCUGGUCAUGGAGAAAGCCACAUUUAACUGGGACCCAGAGACGGUGGGAAUGAUACAUGGAUCCUUCUUCUGGGGAUAUAUUGUUACACAGAUCCCAGGAGGUUACAUUGCACAGAAAUUUGCUGCCAACAGAGUAUUUGGCUGGGCGAUUGUGGCCACGUCGUCACUGAACAUGUUGAUACCCUCAGCGGCAAAAGUCCAUUACAGCUGUGUUAUAUUGGUCAGGAUUCUACAAGGCCUGGUUGAGGGGGUUACGUAUCCUGCCUGCCAUGGCAUUUGGAGUAAGUGGGCACCUCCGUUAGAGCGAAGCCGACUUGCCACCACCUCUUUCUGCGGUUCCUAUGCAGGAGCCGUUGUGGCAAUGCCCCUUGCAGGAGUCCUCGUCCAGUACUCAGGGUGGUCUUCUGUCUUCUAUGUCUAUGGAAGCUUUGGCUUGGUGUGGUACAUAUUUUGGCUGCUGGUGUCCUUUGAAAGUCCAGCCAAACACCCCACCAUUUCCGACGAAGAGAAGACCUAUAUAGAGGAAGCCAUUGGAGAAGGUGCCAACCUUAUGAACCCACUAGCGAAAUUCAAGGCGCCCUGGCGCAAGUUUUUCACCUCGAUGCCUGUCUAUGCCAUCAUAGUGGCCAACUUCUGCCGCAGUUGGACUUUCUACCUGCUCCUGAUCAGCCAGCCAGCGUACUUUGAGGAGGUGUUUGGGUUCGAAAUCAGCAAGGUCGGUAUGUUGUCUGCUCUUCCCCAUCUCGUAAUGACAAUCAUCGUGCCCAUAGGUGGACAGCUAGCGGACUUCCUCCGAGCCAAGAAACUCAUGUCCACCACCAAUGUCCGGAAGAUGAUGAACUGUGGAGGUUUUGGUAUGGAAGCGACCUUCCUGCUGGUGGUGGGCUUCUCCCACACUAAAGGCGUUGCCAUCUCUUUCCUUAUUCUAGCCGUGGGUUUCAGUGGAUUCGCAAUCUCAGGGUUCAAUGUCAACCACCUGGACAUCGCUCCACGUUAUGCCAGUAUCCUGAUGGGACUGUCCAAUGGGGUUGGGACAUUAUCUGGGAUGGUCUGCCCUCUAAUCGUGGGAGCCAUGACAAAACAUAAGACCCGAGAAGAAUGGCAGUACGUCUUCCUGAUCGCCUCACUGGUGCACUACGGCGGAGUCAUCUUCUACGGGAUCUUUGCUUCGGGCGAGAAGCAGGCCUGGGCGGAGCCCGAGGAGCUGAGCGAGGAGAAGUGUGGCUUCAUCCACGAGGACGAGCUGGCCAAUGAGAUGGACGACGGCGUCCAAGGCUACGGCAGCUACGGAGCAACGGAGACAACCCAAGUCACCAACGGGGGCUGGGCCCCCGAGUGGGACAAGAAGGAACAGUUUGUUCAGGAGCAGGGCAGGGAUGUGUACAUGUACGGCAGUGCGCAAGAUAGGGACUUGCCCUGAGCACAGAGCCGAGGGCGGGGAGCUCUCCGUCCCGCGUUCCCAGAACCAUCAUUAAACAAAGUCCAACUGGUAACCGUGAUAGUGGAGAGGGCAAUGUAGAAUAUUCUGUACAUAAGUAACCAAUUGUUUAAAGGACAAUUUCUCCCUGCAAAGCAAGUGACAUUUAAAGUGUGUGGGUGUGUGUGCAGCUGAGAAACACUGCUUGUGUGAGAGACUGUAUGAACUGCCCCUAGUGAACUGGGAGACUGUAAGUGAAACCCUUCCGUGUUGAAUCAGUGCCCUGCAAGCCGUGUUGCAUCCUUUCCUGGAGGCUAGUCCCAUGCCCCUCACCUUCAUGUUGCCCUCUCUCAUUUUUGGGGAGGAGAGGACUCUUCCUUCACUUCAUUUAGCUGAGCCAGACAAUGGCUCCAGCCUGGUUGUAUGCUGUGACACUUCCAAUCUACUUGUGGAUUGCACAUUGAGUCAUUCCUGUGGUGUAUUUACAAGACUUACAGCAUUUGUAUAGCUCCAUAACUGGGUAAUAGAUCCAAAUCAAUGAUUGGCUACAACAGGGUCACAUGCCAAACAAUGUGAUGACAUCAUAAGUCAAGGCUACCUCAUAGAUCAGUCGAGUAUAGGUUCCAGCUGGUAUGUACAUGGUUGUGUCAGUUCUUUAGUAAGACAUGUCUGUUCUUUUCACAUACCCUGAUAGUAUAAAUGCACUGCAGGGGUGAGCACCAGACUAUGUAAAGGAACCGGGACACCACGGGUACACAGCCCAUGACCUGCCCUGGAUGGGAUCAGGCACACACUGGGGAACAUUUCACUUCCCUCUUGUCCCGAUCAGCCAGGGUCAGAGCUGUUUGAGAGGUCAAAGCCAGGGACCUUGUGUGGGGAACUUCUCCACAGUGGCAGAGUUGGUGGUGUUACUGCCUCACAGCUCCAGUGACCCUGAUCCAAUCCUGACCUACAGUGCUGUCUGUGUGGAGUUUGCAUGUUCUCCCUGUGACUGUGUGGGCAUCCCCCCAAAGGCACGUAGGUUGGUGGGUUAAUUAGCUGCUAUAAAUUGUCUCAAGUGUUAACAUGAGGGGUAGAAUCUGGGGGAAUUGAUGGGAAUGUGAGGAGAAAAAAUUGAGAUCAGUGGAAAUGGGUGUUGUAUGGUCAGCAUGGACUCGGUGGGCUGAAGGGCCUGUUCCCGUGCUGAGUGACUCCAUGAUGAUCAGUUGGAUGUGGAUAUGAGCAGGUGGGCUGGGCCGUGAAGAGGUAGGUAGGGCAGGGUGUUCAGGAACUUGAGUGGUUGGCAGACCAGAGCUGAACCCCAACUAUCCAUGUCUGGUCACUCCACAGUCACGUCACAGCAACUAUUGAAGUGAGGCUCCCUUAAACACGAUGCCACACUUUGUGAGAGAUCACUAACCCAGCUCAUCAAACUCCCACCCCUGACCCACCCACCCCUGACCCUCCCACCACUGUUCCACCCACCCCUGACCCACUCACCCCUGAUCCACCAAACUCCCACCCCUGUACAGUUGCCACCGUUGCCUAGAACUGGUCACAAACCUGUGCUCACUCUCAGCCCCGGGAAUGUUCUAAGCCCGACCUUGUUCAUCCAAGUGGGAGUGGGCAGGUUGGCACUUGGAUCACACGUGGGAGCUGAGCUGGAUCCCACUGGUGGAAGUCCCAGAAGUAACUCGGGCCAGAGCAGUUGGUCAGAAGCAGGAUGUGUUGACUGAGAGCUCGUCUCAUCCACACACCCCCCCAAACCCCUCCACUGCUCAGUGAGGGUCUGUUGGAAGAGUCUCGUUCUGGUCGGGAUCCCCAGAGACUGCCCGGUUAAAUCUAUGAUCCAUCCGUUUUUUGCUUGACUGUGUGCGUGUUUGUGCGUGUGCACGCACAUGUGUGGCGUGUGCAGGUGUAUCAAUGUGUGCUUGCUGUGUGUAUGCACAUGCGUUUCCUUUCAGUUUACCUCCUCUGAUUUUCUAGUCCAUCCCCUCACCUGACCAACUCACUCCGAGCCAGAACCCUGGCAGCUUCACUGGCCAUGAAGACCCAGCUUACCUCCCUCACCCUCUCUGGCUCCAGGCCUGUCUCCCACACAGCUCCCAUGUGUCACAGUGUGAACGGGCCAGCGGGUAAGAGGGUUCACUGCAUUCAGCACCGCACCCACUUUUAAAAUUAAAGUUGAAGAAACUGCAGAAAUUAGAAAUCUAAAAUCAAAACAGAAAAUGCUGGAAACACUCAGCAGAUUAGGCGGCAUUUGUGGGAAGAGAAACAAGAGUUAAUGUUUCAUGUCAAGGACCCUUCGUCUGACCUGCUGAGUGGUUCCAGCAUUUUCUGUUCUGAUGUUGCUCAGCUGAGGUCAGUAACUGUGGGACCCGUGGCGGACUGGGGAACCUUACCCCAGCAAGCUGCUGGUGUGUCGUCCAGGUUCCAGCAGGCUCCAAACUACCUGGCCCACCAUGUUCCCCACCCCCUGUCCCACCACGUAUCCCCACAGCCUGUCCCACCAUGUUCCCCACCCCCUGGCCCACCACGUAUCCCCACAGCCUGGCCCACCAUGUUCCCCAUCCCUGGCCCAUCAAACUCCCACCCCCUAUCCCACCACGUUCCCCACCCCUGGCCCACCGAAAACCCAACCGCCUGUCCCACCACUUUCCCCACCCCCUGGCCCAUCAAACUCCCACCCCCUGUUCCACCACAUUCCCCACCCCCAGCCCACAAUGUUCCCCAUCCCCUGUCCCACCAUGUUCCCCAUUCCCUGACCCAUCAAACUCCCACCCCCGUCCCACCAUGUUCCCCACCCACUGGCCCACCAAACACCCAACCACCUGUCCCACCAAACUUCCAACCACAAAGUCUACCACACUCCAACAGCCAGGACCUUUUGAGACCCAAUAAGGUCCCAAACACCAGGCCCACCAGCCAGCUUGCCAACCACACUCCCGACCAUUUGGCCCAAUAACCCCCCAGCCAAUAGGCUCCAAGCUCCUGAUCUCCAGCUGCAGCAGACUUCAAACCAGCAGAUCAAACUGGUCAGGUAACUAGUCAUUCCCCCACGAUCCAUCACUUCACUCUGACCUGGUAAAGGGAGUAAAGGGACUUGUACUUAUAAAACCAGAUGUUUUGCAGCAUGACAAGUAUGUCCAAAGUGUGUUCAUGUUUUGAUGGUGAUAAUAUUCAGUGUCAUAUCAGUGUGAUGCCCCUGGUGAUACUGAUGGAAUCCUGCCAUCCCUACCUUCAAACCUCAAUCCCCAACACCCAUACAAUGAGGAAUAAGAGCCUGGGAAGUCUUUAGAGGUUGUUCAACAUACAGGAGGCUGAGGGACAUCUUUAGAGGUUGCAGAGUAUGGGCCUGAGGGACAACUUUAGAGGUUGUACAGAGUGUGGGGGCUGAGGGACAACUUUAGAGGUUGCACAGAGUGUGGGGGCUGAGGGACAUCUUUAGAGGAUGCAGAGUGUGGGGGUUGAGGGACAUCUUUAGAGGAUGCACAGAAUGUGGGGGCUGAGGGACAUCUUUAGAGGAUGCAGAGUGUGGGGGCUGAGGACAUCUUUAGAGGAUGCAGAGUGUGGGGUCUGAGGGACAUCUCUGAGGUCACUCAGGGUGUGUGGGGCUAUUAUGAAAGAACCUAACUGGAGUGCAUCCUGAUGGGAUGAAUCCAAGACCCACUUUGUGGGACAGCCAAGGUUUCAGAUGAUGGGGAAAGGACACCGGGAUUAGGAGCAGAGAGCUCGAGAGAGUGAAGUGCAAGAGUGACUGAAUCACAAACACUCCGUUGUUACUCUUCAACAGAGAAGAAUCAGCUACCAUUGCCAUCAUCUCGACAGGUGCCAUCCUCUGGCCUGUGUCAACGUGCACUGUCAAUGUCUUAUUUGGUCAGUCCAUUAAAUGAUCCGAAAAUAAGGCAGAUAAACGGAGAAGCAGAGCAAGCAGAAUGGGACUGACUGGAAGAACGUUCACCACAGCAGGAAUGGCCCAUGUUCCUAUUAGGUACAGAACACUGGCUCCCUCCCAUCCGCGUAGUUUGAACUGAGAGGAGGGCCUCCUUGUGCUGUGUGACCAAGUUUCCACCCCACCACUGUCCACCUCCUUCAUAAAUCCUGAAUGCAGCAGCUCCCUUGUUAUUCCCCAAUCUUGGAAAAAAUUCAAAUAAAAAUAUCACACAAGGAAACUUUUUAAAAAUUUAA